AUGGUGGCAUCCGACUUGCUGUCGUCGCGGUCGUUUCCCAAGCACAGAGCCACAGCCGCGGAUGCAGCAGAGAGAGUGGACGCCCCUACCGUUAGUGGGGACGACAUCAUGAGUGAGCUGCAACUCCAGCUGCAGUGUGCAGUGAAAAAUAAUCGUAUUCUGCAAGGGAAUAUCGAUACUCUCAAGGCUGUUGCGCACCAAUUGGCUGCGCAGCUGGAUUUGGCAAACAGCCAGUUGAUGUUGCGUGACGAAAUGGCAGAGGCACAAGCACUGCGCGGGGCGGAUGGGCAGGGGUCUGAUACAGUGGCCCUCACCAAGAGCCAGGAGCCCACCGCAACCACGGUCCCUUCUGCUGCCGCUGCCGACUACGAACGGCGUAUCGCCGCCCUCCAUGCUGCCCUUCAGGCGAAAGACGAGAUGCUUCUAGCCCUUCGCCAUGAAAUGGCACAGCGGGAGGUCGACGCGGCGGCGCUGCUGCGUGCGGCGGUGCAGGAAAAGAACCGGGAGAUCCUCGGGCUUAUGGACGAGAGAAACAAAUGGCAGCGCAUUAUCGAGGCAGGGCAACACGCCCAGGUCCGGCAGAAGUGA